UGGGCAGAGAAAGGAUGCAGUCUACAGUCACCAGAAGCAGCCUUAGGAAAACCAUUUAAAAGAAUUCAUAGUUUCAUAGUUUAGGGAAAGGCCUCCACCCUAUGCCAGGUGCUGGAGACCCCUGCUGUCUUAGCUUUCUGACCCAUUGGCUCCAAGUCAGAUCUUGUCAGACUGGGAAAGCACACAGCCUGGAUGGUGAGGGCUGGAGGGGAGAGCGGGACACCUGGUCCCAUCCCUCGUUGUUCAGGGAAAGGAAAAAGUUUGGAAGGGAAUAGCUGGUUUUGAAGUGUAGACUCUAGGAGGGUGGGUCGGUCUCUAGGAGCAUCUGCAUGCUCUAACACCACAAUUCUCAAGUAUCUUGGUAGCUCCAGAUACUUGGUGCCAUCACUUUGAAGUGGGUGGGGGAGGGGCGUUCACAGGUUCAACUUGCACAAGUUAAUAGAGCGGCUUCCGGUUGCGGGCUUCCGGUUUACGGUUUACGGUUUCCGGUGCCCAUAAAAGGCAGCCCGCGGCCUGCGAGAGCACAUGCGCACUGAGGCCCACGCUGCAGCUGCUGCUGGUGGCCCAGGGCGUCAGGGAGCCAUGAUCGAGGUUGUGUGCAACGACCGGCUGGGCAAGAAGGUCCGUGUGAAGUGCAACCCCGACGACUCCAUCGGGGACUUGAAGAAGCUGAUUGCGGCUCAGACGGGCACCCGCUGGCACAAGAUCGUCCUGAAGAAGUGGUACACGGUGUUCAAGGACCACGUGACGCUGGGGGACUAUGAAAUCCACGACGGAAUGAACCUGGAGCUCUAUUACCAAUAG